CUUCCGACGCUGACGCGGAAGUGCGGGGAGGCGCGGUGGCCCGAGGUCGGUUGUCGUACUUCUGGCCCGGCCGUCCGCCUUGGGAAAGUUCUGGAGGGGUAGAUUCCUAAGAAGCCGGCUUCCGGCAGCCCAGACGAGACGAAGCUGGCGCUCAUCGGCCUGGGAUCCGAUGCUGGCCGCGCCCUGGAAGCCCCGUAGCGGGGCCAGACCAUGAGCCUGUUGGGCGGCCCGGCCUCCUCGCCGCGGGCCCCGCUGCAGUCCAGCAGGGCCAGGAUGAAAAAGCUCCCGAAGAAGAGCCAGAACGAGAAGUACCGGCUCAAGUACCUGCGGCUGCGCAAAGCGGCCAAAGCCACCGUGUUUGAAAAUGCUGCUAUUUGUGAUGAAAUUGCUCGUCUGGAGGAAAAAUUUCUUAAAGCAAAAGAAGAAAGACGGUAUCUGCUAAAGAAGCUCCUCCAGCUUCAGGCUUUAACUGAAGGGGAGGUGCAGGCCACAGCUCCUUCCCACAGCUCCAGCGUGCCCCUGACGUACAGUGUGGCCGGCUCUGUGGGGACCGUCCAGGGAGCUGGGUCCAUGUCUGCACCCAGCACUGGGGCUGAGGAACCAUUUGGGAAGAAAUCCAAGAAGGAGAAAAAAGAAAAAGGCAAAGAGAACAACAAACUGGAAGUUGUGAAGAAAACAUCCAAGAAAAAGAAAAUGGAGGGAGGUGCUCGCAAGCUGGUUCAGCCCAUUGCCCUGGAUCCCUCAGGACGGCCUGUGUUCCCCAUCGGACUGGGGGGUCUAACAGUAUAUAGCCUGGGGGAGAUCAUCACCGACCGGCCUGGCUUCCAUGAUGAGAGUGCCAUCUACCCCGUGGGCUACUGCAGUACUCGGAUGUACGCCAGCAUGAAGUGCCCAGACCAGAAGUGUCUGUAUACCUGUCAGAUCAAGGAUGGUGGCGUGCAGCCUCAGUUUGAAAUUGUUCCUGAAGAUGACCCCCAGAAUGCCAUUGUCACCUCUUCUGCAGAUGCCUGUCAUGCAGAACUGCUCAAGACCAUAAGUGUUACUAUGGGGAAAUUCAUGCCCAACUUGCUUCCAGCCGGAGCUGACUUCUUUGGGUUUUCUCACCCAACUAUUCACAACCUGAUCCAGAGUUGUCCAGGAGCUCGAAAAUGCAUCAAUUACCAGUGGGUGAAGUUUGAUAUAUGGAGACCUGGAGACGGGCAGCCGCCCCAGGGACUGCCAGAGGACGAUGCAAGUGUAAGCUUUGAAGCCUUUCAGAGACAGGCCUUUGAUGAAGAUCAUACGGAUCCCAUUCUGCAAGGAUCCUUGGACCUUCCAGAGCUUCAGCGCACAGCGUUCGUGUCUUCUUACCAACCCGUGUUCCUGACGCACGAUCCCCUGGUAGACACUCACCUACAGCACCUGAAGUCUCUGUCACAGAGCAGCCCAGCUCAGUCUUCCGAUUGACCGGGAAGGGGUCAGAUACCACACCCUUUAACUUAAAGCAAAACUCAGAACAUGGAGGACGGCGGCAGUGCAGGAACGAAGGAGAUACACAGUGCUGUGGAGGCUCCUGUGGCGACGGUGUUACCGGGGAAAACUUCAGCUGCGUUGUUUUUAGCAAUAAAUUUCUCUUUACAAAUCUGCUUA